GGAUACAUUCGGCAUUAAAGAAACAAAACUAAACAAGAAAAAAAAAAGAGAGAAAGAGAACCAUUUGUGGCAUCCCAUCCGUGGCAUCGAAAAUAUCGAUACUAUCGAAAAAGCUAUCUUUAUUCCUUUACGGCACGGUCUUCUUUAAAUCAUCAUUCUGCUAUCGCAUACACUCAUGUAACCGUCUGCCUACUUAGCUUUCCUUUUUCAAAUCCCAGUCGACAAUAACCACCGCCAUGGCAUACCCAGGAAAACCAAAAUAUGCUCUACUCAACUCUUCCGAUGCCGAUGCCGACUUGGACAGUAUCCCCGCAACAGCGCCACCAGUCAGACCGAUGAUGCUAUCAUCUUCUCUCGUAUCUCUUUCCAUCCAAGCAGCAACAUUAAUCACGUCACUGGCAGUCUUGAGUCUGGUUCUGAUCUCGCCACGCAAUCCCUUUUCAUCGCCAGCGCCAUCGCCAGCGCCAGCACCAAGUGCUCUGCUCCCCGUGGGUAUGAGCCGCGUGAACCCCAGCACGGCGCACCAGCUUCAGCCAUGCGGGACCGAUGCCACGACGGCCCGCGCCAACGGGUGUAUCUUUGACCUGUUAACACUGGCAUGGCUUGCGCCGGCGUGUUAUGAUGCCGAUCUGAGCGAGGAGUUUCUCGAAGUGGCGUCUGAGCCGUUCUACUACGACAGUGAUGCACAGCAACCCAUUGAAAACUACGAGAUUCUGUCCGAACGGCCAGUAGGAGAGACCAGUUGGACGACGAGAAAGUAUCACAUCUACCAUUGCUCGUAUGGGUGGCGACUGAUGCAUCGAGCUUUGGAGAGAGGCGGGAUAGUCGAGAGUGGCUUGAGCAGUUAUCACCAUACCGAGCAUUGUACGGAUACGUUGAUGAACACGUCGGUUCCGAUGGAGUCGGUCAUCACCAGGGCAGAGAUAUCGUUUCCUGAUUGUUGAAGAUACGAAGUAUAAUCAUAGAUUCAUAACAUUGAGAUAUUACAUGUAAUUUUUUUGGACUUUGCAUUUCAUUUUAUACAAGCCAACACAAGAAAGUGUUACGGAGUAUUUUAUGUUAGAUCAUAUAUACACAGGCGAGCCGCGAU